AUGGCAUUCAGCGUGCUCGUCCCUUUCCUUGUCGGGGUUGUGCUGGCCGAAUCCGAGUGCGCCACCCAAGGUGCAUGCGAGGAUUCAGCUUUCCUUCAGAGGAAUGCAAAGGACGUUGCGAAGGAUGCCCCGAAGUUUGACAAAGCCCAACUCAUCGGCUUCAGCAUUUACACGUUCCCCGUCAACACUGGCUUGGAUAAAGAUGCAGCCAUGGAAGCUUGGAACGAGGCGAAGCCAUUCAUCCCUAUGCUUGCAGAGCUGGGCAUCCACGUCAACGUGACGUACGAGAGCGUGCAGUACUACGCUGGUUUAGAUGAUCCGGAGCAAGACGUGAAGCUGCGCUUCAAUCUCAUGAAGUUUGUUUGCGAGACCGCACGCAAAAAGGCUGACUACGACCCUGCGGAUUCCACGUUGAAAGUCUUCAUGGCGCCCGAAUUUUUCUUCAGAGGGGAGCGGGGAGCGUAUGACGCCAAUUCAGUUUACGGCUGCGACGGGGAUGGUCCCAAAUGUCAAGGGACCAUCCAUACGCUUCUGACGCUGAUGAAAGAUUUCGUGGCGGACGAGAAAUGGAAGGGUUGGUUGUUCGUGUUCGGCACGGUCAUUGCUGAUGAGCCGAAGCCAGAUGACCCAACGAAGUCCCUGUACUACAAUGCCGCGCCAGUGCUGCUUGGAGGCAGCUCCGAGCGUUUCCUCGUCACAAAGCAGUUCAUCAGCAGCAUCGACUUCUUGUCGGCCUGUGCGCCAUCUCAACAGUGCACGGAGAAACCGAAGGCAGAAGCCAAUGCCGUGAUCCCGGAGUAUGCCCAAAAGUACCUGCGUGACUUGGGCUUCCAGGUGAUUGAAGACAACAUCUUUACGGUUGGUGGUGUUCUCACCAAGCCUGGAGGUGUGUUUGGAUCAUCUUAA